ACCAUUUUUUCAUGACGGGGAUUUCCUGAGGAAGUCAGAGAGCAGGGGCUUUCCAGUUACUAGACUUGAUAUCAACAGCACCCUUGCCACAGUGGCGGCUUCUCUACCUUUUCGUGCACCUCAACCGAGCCCGUUUCGGAACAUUCUGAUGUCAAAAUGACCCGAUUUGAUCCGACGGCCGUUGUAGCCUGUUUGAGAAGCGAGGACGGAGCCGUGGCCGCGUAAAUUCGGACGUUGUUGUCUCGGUGUGUGUCUGUCUGUCAUAUGAGUGGACCAUCCGUUGCUCCAUUCGUGAAAUUCUUCAGAGAAACACGGUUGGAACAUCGGACGACAUCGCUGACCAACUGAUUCAUGUCAUGUCCGCAGGGCGUAAUGUGGAACAGCAGAUUCCCCUGCAGCAGCGUGCUCCAUCUCUUGCCAUGCCCUCCAUGGCCCAGCGGCCUAGGCCCGAGCCGGGCUUCUCUCCCCUGCAAGGCGGCUUCAGGGACCGCUUUGUCACGACGCCCGAGCCCAAGUAUUGCUGCGAGACCUGCAGGCUAGUUCUCUGUAACCCACGGCAGACUGAGUGUGGACAUCGCUUCUGCGAGAGCUGCAUCAGUGACCUGCUCAGUAAGCCUAACCCAGUGUGUCCAGCUGAUCUACUACCACUUUUUGAAGAUAAGAUAUUCCGGGAUGUUUGCUGCAAUAGGGAAAUCAUGGCUCUGAAGGUCUACUGCCGAAGUGAGAAAAAUGGAUGUAAAGAACAAAUGUGUUUACAGCAGGUCAUGGAGCAUUUGGUAGUUUGUCCAUAUUUCGAGGUGCCGUGUCCUUUGGGAAAAUGUAAGGAGAAGAUGAUGAGAAAAGAUAUGCCCGAGCACCUAAGCCGCAAAUGCAAACACAGAGAGAUCACCUGUGAAUUCUGCAGUCUCAAAAUGGCCCUCACUGAAUUACAGAAACACAAAGAAACAGUCUGUCCUGCAUUUCCUGUAGCAUGUCCUAAUAAUUGCUCGUUUUCUUCUAUUCUAAGAAGUGAGCUGUCAAGUCACCAGCAUGACUGUCCAAAGGCUCAGGUGACCUGUUCCUUCAUUCGCUAUGGAUGCUCCUAUAAGGGGCUGAAUCAAGAGAUGAGGGAACAUGAGUCCAGUUUUGCGUCUGAGCAUCUGAGAAUGAUGGCAGUCAGAAACACCACACUAGAAGCCAAGGUUGAAGAUGUGAAGAGUGAGUUGAUGGAGCGUUAUAAAGUUCUGCCGAGUCUCAGCAGUCGUCUUGCUGAGGUGGAGCGUCAGUAUGAGGAGAUGAGAGAAAAGAACAGGCAGCUGGAGCAGAAGCUGGUCAGCAUGCAGAUGUUGAUGAGCUCUCACUCAGAGAAGCUGCUGGAGGUGGAGAUGGAGCUGCGGGAGCUCCGUCCACUGCGGGCCAUGAGGGAGGAGGUGGAGGCUCUCAGGGGGUCCGUGGAGAGCAUGCGCUCAGUGGUCUCUUCUCUCGACUCAGGCUGUGUCGGUUCCACUACUGGUUCUCAUACCCUGGCCUCCUUAGAGCAGCAGCUCACACGCCAUGAUGACCUGAUGAGCGUUCAUGACGUGCGGCUGGCAGAGAUGGAUCUGAAGCUGCAGGUGCUGGAGACGGCCAGCUUCAACGGUACUCUCAUUUGGAAGAUCCGGGACUACAAAAGGCGGAAACAGGAAGCUGUGAUUUCCAAAACUCUCUCGCUCUACAGCCAGCCCUUUUACACAGGGUAUUUCGGCUAUAAGAUGUGCGCCCGCGUCUAUCUCAAUGGAGACGGGAUGGGCAAAGGCACACAUCUCUCGCUCUUCUUCGUGGUCAUGCGUGGUGAAUAUGAUGCCUUGCUACCAUGGCCGUUCAAACAGAAAGUAACAUUAAUGCUAAUGGACCAGGGGCCGGCACGAAAACACUUAGGCGAUGCCUUCAAACCGGACCCCAGUAGCAGUAGCUUUCGCCGGCCCACUGGCGAAAUGAACAUUGCAUCAGGCUGUCCGCUUUUUGUGGCUCAGACUGUGCUAGAAAAUGGAACCUAUAUCAAAGACGACACCAUCUUUAUAAAAGUGACUGUAGACACUUCAGACCUCCCUGACCCUUGAGUUCAACUUCAGCGGGUCCAACUAAAAUCAAGAGUCACGCAGAGCCCCUUCCAGCCAAGACUUCAGAGGGCUGUGCUGAGCAAGGAGCAUCCCACAAGUGUGGGGUUCUAACAGACCAAACCAUGAGUUUGGGCUCGGGUGAUGGCGUGCUCUUCUGGAAACAACAGUGCCUUGCUGGGCUAGAUAGUUACAGCCUUUAAGAGGAGCACAGAGUAGACGAAAUCUCCCAAGUCAACCACAUCUCAAGUGCAGCGAAGAGUAAGACGUCAACUCUAAUCCAAGAGAGAUUCUCGAGGAAAAAACGAAAGUGAACGGUGACUAGAUCAGUUUCCCAACCUCAUUCCUGGAGGCACACUGACAGUACACAUUUUAAACUUGUCUGCCUUUUAAUCUACUCCUGAAAUGUAAGGAAGACUGCGUACUAUUAAGUGUGCAUCCAGUAAAAUGGUUGGCACAGUUGAAUAACAUCCAGCCCAAAGUGAAAGGAAGCCGUAUACGUGUGUCAUUGGGUUAGCCUUCAUUAAGUAUGAAUGCAGUUGGGGCUAAUAGUCAUUGUAAAGUCAGGAAGGUAACCCUUUGUGUUUGGUAAUUAUGACAAGAUUUGUAUUUGAUGGUUUUUUGGUGGUUGUGUUUAAUAUGCAAAUCAGUACUUGAGCUGACAUCUGAUGUGUUGUGGUGGUGUGAUGAGAACAGUUGACAUGAAGAGGAGUAUUGUGACUAGAAAGUCUUGUUUCUGUGGGUGGGUGGGCGGGCGGUGGAUGUGUUUCUGGGUAGUGGAUAUAAAGGACCUGACUAUGAGCAUUCAUGAAGGACUACAUUGGCACUAAACAGUGAGCCUGUACGGGUUCCAUUGUCAAAAAAGCAAAACCUCAGUUUUAAUGCAUGUAAAACCUAUUCUUACUUGACUUAACCUUCCCUGCGUUUACCACUUUGACACAUUAUUUAAUGUAAUGUUCCAAUUAACAGAUGCUAUGCAUCCAAAUCUAUUUUGUGCUUUUUUUGUAUUUUAUUUUUUAAAACAGUCGGAAAUAAUGCCUUUAUGCCUCCAGCCAUGCUGCCAGAGACACAUACAAUAAUCCAGAUCAUUUUUCAUGGUAGGAAUGGUUUUUGCACAAGUAUUGUUUGAAUGUGUAAUAUAUGUAUGCAUAUAUCAGUAUAAAAUUGUUCUGUUCUUA